GAAAAAAAAAAGAAAAAAGAAAAAAGAAAAAAGGAAAAAGACCCGAAAUAACCGCCAUUCGGGUCUUUAUGCCGAUGAAAAAACCCUAGCAAGCUUACUUGGAGCUGUGCGUGUGCCAUACGCUUGCUCGUAUCUCUUCUUGGCUUCUCUGUGCACGUUGUUCUUUGAUUUCCUCCUUGUUUUCCUAUCCGAUAAUCAUCCUUACCGUGAUUUCCUUAUUCUGUGGUUAGAUGGCGGAUCGAUUGACGCGUAUAGCUAUAGUGAGUUCGGAUAGGUGCAAGCCUAAAAAGUGCCGUCAGGAAUGCAAGAAGAGCUGUCCCGUUGUUAAGACUGGUAAACUGUGUAUUGAGGUUACCCCAGCCUCUAAGAUCGCCUUUAUCUCAGAAGAACUCUGUAUUGGAUGUGGUAUAUGUGUCAAGAAAUGCCCAUUUGAAGCAAUUCAAAUCAUCAAUCUGCCAAAGGAUUUGGAUAAAGAUACAACACAUCGAUAUGGCCCCAACACCUUCAAAUUACACAGGCUGCCAGUUCCUCGGCCUGGGCAAGUUCUUGGUUUGGUUGGAACCAAUGGUAUCGGGAAGUCCACAGCACUGAAAGUUUUGGCUGGGAAGCUGAAACCAAAUCUUGGUCGUUUCAAUAACCCUCCAGAUUGGCAGGAGAUAUUGACUUACUUUCGAGGAUCUGAGUUGCAGAAUUAUUUUACACGUAUCCUUGAAGAUAAUCUAAAGGCCAUCAUAAAGCCCCAAUAUGUUGAUCACAUUCCGAAAGCAGUUCAAGGAAAUGUUGGCCAGGUGCUAGAGCAAAAAGAUGAGAGGGAUAUGAAGCAAGAACUCUGUCAUGAUCUUGAACUUAACCAGGUUAUAGACCGCAAUGUUGGUGAUCUAUCUGGUGGAGAACUUCAAAGAUUUGCCAUUGCUGUUGUUGCCAUACAGAAUGCAGAGAUAUAUAUGUUUGAUGAACCCUCGAGUUACCUUGAUGUGAAACAGAGGCUUAAAGCUGCCCAAGUUAUUCGAUCUUUGCUCAGGCCCAAUAGCUAUGUAAUUGUUGUGGAGCACGAUCUUAGUGUGUUGGAUUACUUAUCUGACUUCAUUUGCUGUCUUUAUGGGAAACCGGGUGCUUAUGGAGUUGUGACCCUUCCCUUCUCGGUUAGAGAAGGGAUCAACAUCUUCUUGGCUGGAUUUGUUCCCACAGAAAAUCUACGAUUUAGAGAUGAAUCUCUUACAUUCAAGGUUGCCGAGACUCCUCAGGAAAGUGCAGAGGAAAUUGAAACAUAUGCGCGAUAUAAGUACCCAACCAUGAGCAAAACUCAAGGAAAUUUCAAGCUCCGUGUGAUAGAAGGUGAAUUUACUGAUUCACAGAUUAUUGUGAUGCUUGGUGAAAAUGGAACCGGGAAGACAACAUUUAUUCGUAUGCUGGCUGGUUUGUUGAAACCUGAUUCUGUCGAAGGCUCUGAUAUUGAGAUUCCUGAGUUUAACGUUUCCUACAAGCCCCAGAAGAUCAGUCCUAAGUUUCAAUCCACUGUCAGGCACUUGCUACAUCAGAAAAUAAGGGAGUCCUAUAUGCAUCCGCAAUUUGUUUCAGACGUAAUGAAACCCUUGCUUAUUGAACAAUUAAUGGACCAGGAAGUCGUGAAUCUUUCUGGGGGAGAGUUGCAGAGAGUUGCAUUGUGCCUCUGCCUUGGAAAGCCUGCAGAUAUUUAUCUGAUAGAUGAACCAAGUGCUUACCUUGACUCUGAGCAGCGUAUUGUUGCUUCGAAAGUCAUCAAGAGAUUUAUUCUUCAUGCAAAAAAGACUGCCUUUGUGGUUGAACACGAUUUUAUUAUGGCAACUUAUCUCGCAGAUCGGGUUAUUGUUUAUGAGGGUCAGCCUUCAGUUGAUUGUACUGCUAAUUGUCCUCAGUCGCUGUUGACUGGAAUGAAUCUCUUCUUAUCUCAUCUUGAUAUUACGUUUAGAAGAGAUCCAACAAAUUACAGGCCAAGAAUUAACAAGGUCGAUUCAGCAAAGGAUCGGGAGCAAAAGUCAGCUGGCUCAUACUAUUACUUGGAUGAUUAAGAAUUUUGUAGGUGCAGAUGCUGGUUUUUUAACCUAUGAAGAGCACUUUCGAAGCCGAAUCAUCGACUUUGCUUCUUCGAAAGAGGUGCAAAAGGGGAGGAUGUUUUCAUUUUGUGGAAUCUGUGUUUUUGGCUUAUUGCUUUAAUUUAAAGCAGGCAGGGCAUGCACGUUCUUGAUUCUGCCAUGUAGUAUAUUUCUCUUAUGACCUGCUCUUGCAAAUUCGACAGUUUUCUCGGCCAUCUUAAGGCAAGUUCAUCUGAAUGUCGUUCACUUUUUUGUCCUGCUCCUAAAAUUGUAUUUGAUUAUUAGAUUUGCAGACAUUUUGAGGAACAAAUAGUAAUUGUGCACAUUUUAGAUUAUGUAAUGCGGCAAUUUCUUUCGCUCAAGUUUUAGAGGAAUGAAUAGAUUUUAUUAUAUUAGAAGACUUGGAUUGAUUUC